AUGCCGCCAAGUCAGCUCGAUGGGCGCAAACGCAGAGUGAAUGAACCCUUGGCGAUGAAAUUCAUCACGGCUAAGGACGCAACAUCAAAUUCUCCAGCCACACAAACCCCGAAUGACAGGGAACUACUUCGUAGAGAACCUAAGGCUAGAGGCCAGAAUUGGGAGGCCUGGGGGUCUGGCGGAGCGGAGGAAUUCUUCCAUCAAUCAGAGGCCGCAAAGGGGAUGGGUCCGAAGCCGGCUCGGCCUGGCGAACCCCCCGCGCUGGCACGCCGUCUCUGGGCCGGGUUGUUUUCUACUGCCAAGCCCCACCGAAAGGGACCCUCUCCGGCGCAUGCCCCUCCAAGCCCUCCACUGAAGGCCCCUCCCCCUCCUUCCCCCUACCCCUCCAUUCUUCCGUCUCCCCCUCAUGCUGCUGCUACGAGCAACUAUCCCCUCCUCUGCCUCCGGCCCAAACUCCAGACUCGGGGUAAGGCAACAAAGUGA